AUGUAUCUCAAAGAAAGACAUCCGAAAAAUGUAGAAGAAAUGUCAAAUCUCGCAGACCAAUUUAUUGAAGCUCAUGGUUAUACUUCAUUCACUAAAGACUUACAAGUUUUUCAGAAGCAACCAUCAAGCACUUUCAACGUUCACAGUAACAGCAUUCAAAAGCAACAGACGUACCAAGGAUCACUACAGCAAAAAGGUGAGAGAAAAUGUUACAUCUGUGGGAAAAGUGGACAUUUGGCAAGAAACUGUUUCUCCAAGCAGAAGAUUCCUCGAGCAGUACCUACUUCGCACAAUACUCAAAAGGCUGCGAUGUUACAGAGUCAACAUAACUGUGAGUUGAAUUGCAUAAAAUCUAAUAACAGUUCUAGUUCCAACUUACAGAAUUCUGCUGAAGUAAGGACGGACAACGCAAUAUCGUAUCAAAAUCAGCCUCACAUAGGAUCAGCAUGCAUCCCUCAACAUAAACUGUUGCAGUGUUGUGUCACAGACGGACUUGUUAAACUUGCAUGUGGACACGUAUUACCUGUUAUUGGAGGCGUCUGUAAGGUUUGUGAAAAGAUGCCCAUUGCUAUGGGUUAUGUUGGUGAGAACUUUGUUAAGGUAUUAAGAGACUCAGGUUGUAGUGGUGUUGUUGUGAAGAGAGAUUUGGUUACAGAUGAUCAGCUGACUGGACAAGUGCAGAGAUGUGUUCUGAUAGACGGCACAGUUCGUACAGUAGAGGAGGCUUCUAUCUAUGUGGACACUCCCUACUUCACAGGUAAUAUCAAUGCUUUAUGUAUGAAAGAACCUGUUUACGAUCUUAUCAUAGGUAACAUCGAUGGUGCCAGAAAUCAGACGGAUCCUGAUCCACAGUGGUGUAGAAAGGACGAAAGAGAAGAGUGUAAUCAAGUUCUUCAAGCAGUACAGACAAGGAAUCAAAAGAAAAAAGAAGACAAAGGUAUGAAAAAGCUAAAAGUUACAGAUUUAGUGGAUACUGAUUUGACAAUUGAUCAGAUGAAACAACUUCAGAUGGACGAUUCUUCCUUGAAAGUGUAUCGUGAGCAUGCAGCGACUGGCAGAAAGAAGAACAUAGGUGAAAAUAUAGAGACAUGGUUUAGUGUUGAAAGAGGACUGUUGUACAGACAUUAUCAUUCAAAAAAGGUUAGUGAUCAAAAACUGUAUAAACAACUUGUUGUUCCAGAACCUUUGCGACAGAAAGUUAUGAAGAUUGCGCACGACAGUAUCCUAGGCGGACAUCUUGGUACAAAGAAGACUCUAGACCGCAUCAUGUCGAAUUUCUAUUGGCCUGGAAUCCAGGGUGAUGUAAGGAGAUAUUGCCAAUCCUGUGACAUAUGCCAAAGAACAUUUCCUAAGGGCAAAGUGACGAAGGUGCCGUUGGAGAAAAUGCCACUUAUUGAUACACCAUUUGAACGAGUAGCCGUAGAUUUGGUAGGUCCGCUUUCUCCAAUUACUGACAAAGGCAAUAGAUACAUUUUGACUGUUGUAGAUUACAGUACUAGGUAUCCAGAGGCGGUUGCAUUGAAGAACAUCGAUACAGAGACGGUGGCAGAAGCGCUGGUAGAGAUAUUCAGCAGAGUUGGCAUUCCAAAAGAAGUACUGUCAGACAUGGGUACGCAAUUUACCUCCAACAUUAUGAAAGAGGUGGGUCGACUUUUAUCAUUUAAGCAAUUAGUAACAACUCCAUACCAUCCAGCAUGUAAUGGACUAGUAGAAAAGUUCAAUGGUACUUUGAAGUCAAUGAUGAAGAAAAUGAGUUCUGAAAGACCAAAAGACUGGGAUAGAUACUUACCUGCAUUGUUAUUUGCUUAUCGAGAAGUUCCACAAGAAAGUACUAAAUUUUCUCCAUUUGAUCUAGUUUAUGCACGUAAUGUUAGGGGACCUAUGGCAGUUUUGAAGGAACUGUGGACAAAGGAAGAGAAGGACCCGGAAGUGAAAACUACUUACCAGUAUGUGCUUGACCUGAAGGAGCGAUUGGCAAGAACGUGUGAGCUGGCUCAGAGAGAACUUCAGAAAUCUAAAGACCAUCACAAGAAACAGUAUGAUAAAAGAACAAAGCCGAGAUCUUUCAAGGUUGGUGAUUUCGUUCUUCUUUUGCUUCCAACAGACCAUAACAAACUUUUAAUGCAGUGGAAAGGACCUUUCAAAGUAGUUGAUAGAAAAGGACAAACUGAUUACCAGAUAGACAUGAAUGGACAUAUUCGUUUGUUUCAUGCAAAUUUAUUGAAGAAAUACAAUGUUCGAGAGGAAAGGAAUACAGACUCGCCAACAACUUUAGCAUCUUGUGUCGUUUUGGAAUCUGAAGAAACAGAGGACUCAAGUAAUGAACAUUUGUUACAUCUUCUUCCAAUGAAGGCAACAGAAUCAUUCAAAGAUGUCAAGGUAAACCAUUCACUGUCAUCAGAUCAGCUUGAAAACAUAAAUGAUGUGUUACAUGAAUUUCAGGAAGUUUUAACAGAUCUACCUGGUAGAACGAAUGUUAUCCAGCAUGAAGUUCAUCUCACUACCAAAGAACCAAUCAGAAACAGACCAUAUCAGAUACCGUAUGCAGUCAGAAGUGCAGUCCGAGAAGAAAUACAGCAUAUGAUUGACAUGGAUAUCAUCGAACCAUCAGAAUCACCGUAUGCUAGUUCGAUUGUCGUGGCAAAGAAGUCCGAUGGUAGCCAGAGAAUAUGUGUGGAUUUUCGUAACUUGAACAAGGUAACGAUUUUUGAUCCAGAACCAAUGCCAGAUCCAGAUGAAAUCAUGACUAAAAUUAGUAACAGUCGUUUCUUUUCUAAACUUGAUUUAUGUAAGGGAUAUUGGCAGAUUCCAAUGAGAGAAGAAGAUAGAGACUUAACAUCAUUUUUAACACCAGAUGGUUUGUACAGGUUUAAAGUAAUGCCCUUCGGUAUGAAGAACAGCCCAGCUACUUUUAAUAGACUCAUGCGGAAAAUUCUAAAAGGUUUAGAGCAUACUGAUAGUUUUGUUGAUGACAUUCUCAUUCAUACAGAAACUUUUGAAGAACAUAUUACAGAACUAAGAAAAGUGCUGGAGAGACUACAGAGAGCACAAUUAACAGCAAAACCAUCAAAAUGUGAGUUAGCGCAGACGAGACUAGAGUACUUGGGUCAUGUUAUUGGAGGAGGUACCUUACAGCCAACCAACAAGAAGCUGAGAGCUAUCCAAGAAGCAUCAAGGCCAGAGACAAAGAAGCAGUCCAAUUCUCAGAUUACCAGAUUUGACGAAGCCAUUCAUCUUAAGGACCGAUGCAUCUAA